GUCCAUCAGUAAAUAUGGCGGAUGCCGAGCUGUCAAGAGCCCUCAGGGAUUUACCGAAUCGUGUGCAAACGUCGAGUAAAAAGGAGAGACAGGAAAUCAUCCAGAAUGUCAUCAGUGUGUUGUCAAACCCAGGACUCAAUGAGAAAAUUGUCAGUGGAAUAUGCAAGGUUGUAUCGAUCACUCUUCAUCGAUAUAAGGACACAGCCUCACAGUCUUAUGUCAGGAAGUUGAUUGUGGAGUUAUUGAAGCAUCAGCCUGAUGCCACUAUCAAGGGGAUGACUGGGGUGAUAAUGGAGCAAGCGAUCUGGCACCAGAAUAUCGUACCAACCUGUAAUACAUCGUUGACAGCGUACCAAGCCCUAAAAUGGUCCGCGCUGACCCUAUCCGCCCUCUCGAAAACGUCUACCUACGCGACUUCCCCUGACCUCCCAAAACUGGUAGAAUCCCAGGCACUCCUCUCAGCUGCCUCAUUAGCCUGUGCCCCUCGCCCUCUCCCUCCAAAAAUAACAACCCUCCUGACCCAUGUCUGGUCCACCCUGACUCGUGCGCAGCUACAAACCUUCACCGAAACCUUAAUAAACCUUCCGCCCUCACCAGGUCAAAUAGUCCUAGCAAGUUUUCUCACGAGCCAUUUAAUAACCUCUGACAACACCUCGCUCGCGGAUACUCUGAAGCCCCCGAUAAUAGCGACGUUAAUAAAAACGACAAUAAGCAGUAAAACGAAACCUGACCCUCAUUUACUAUCAUCCGUUUCGCCCUUUCUAAAACGCUUGACGCCCGACGACUUCAAGUCGCAGAUCCUCCCAGCCCUUCAGAAAGCAAUGCUCCGCAAUCCAGAAAUAAUAAUCGAGUCCGUCGGUCAAAUUCUAUCGCAUCUCUCGUUGGACCUUUCGCCAUACGCCCUGGAUCUCUCGAAGUACCUCUUUGCGAACCUCCAUUCAAAAGAGAAUUCGGUUCGCUCCGAGGCAGUCCGCGCUUGCAAAGAACUCUCUUUGAAAUGCUCGGACCCGAAGAGCCUGGAGUCCCUGCUCUCUUCCCUUUUCGCAAUUUUCCACGGUUCGGAGGGCAAACUGACCCUCGCCGAUCACAAGAUUUCAGUGCUGGAAGGCGCAGGCAACCUAAGCUACAAUUCCGCGAGUGCCAGCGCCGCGGAACACCUUGCCGAAUCCGCCAUGAAGCAUUUCAUCGAAGUUCUGGACACUGAAGUCCAUGAAAAAACCUCAAUUCACGCACUGGAGAUGCUCGGUCUCUGGUGCACGAAAUUCACAGCGGAACCUCCGGGGAUCCUCCUCGAGGCCUUCAAGAAGGGCGUCAAUGCAAAGUCGGUGACGCCUGGAACAAGAACCGCGUAUUUCAAGAUUUUGUUCCAUCUGCCAAUCGUUGGGACAUCUUCGACAAUCACUCCGAUCUUAUCACAAGCGAUUACGCGUGCUGUCCAACAGGCGGCGCAACCGUCCGCCGUCACCGAGGGCCUGAUUGCGUCUCACCUUUUGCUGAAGCUUGUUAUCGCGGGACAAGUGGAGACCGACAAACAGAGCGUCCUCUGGUCGUCGAUCGAUGACCAGAUCUUCUUCUCGGACAAAUACCUGGCGUCUCUCAGCGAUGAGGAGACCGUCUAUCAUCUGAUGCAAUUUUGCAUGCUUCUGAUAACUGAAUAUUCAGAUAAAUUGAACGGAAAAUCAUUGAGCGCCGUUUAUCACGCCGUAAUCAUCUGCCUCGUCUCCCCUAGCUCGACAACGCGCAAGAAGUGUGCGUCAUUGAUGACGAAUCUAUUCAAGAAACUGAGCACCUACGAACCGGCGCUCAAUCUCAUCAAAGAGUUUAACAGGUACGCAAGUCUCGAGAAAGAAUGCAAAGAAGACAAUGCAGCCAAUGAAGCGAAUGGACGUGCUCUCGCCGAUGGUCUUCUUGCUAUCUGCUCCGCAACAUUCCUCUACGAAUCUUCAGCCCUCAAACUCGUUGGAGACGCACUCAUCCCCGCACAUCAUCCAAUUAUUCUAAAAUCCGUACCAAAUCUGUGGACGAAGAUCUGUAAGCAUCAUAAGCUGACACCGGAAGGCUUCUUCAGCAGCUACGGAAAUGAGAUUCAACGGAAUUUCAUCGAUAACUAUGAGCCAACGCCAUCGUACGAGAAUUCUCUAUCCACUAUCGUAAAACAUUCUGAGAAGAUUGUCCCGGCGUUGGUUAAACGAGUAACCAAAGACCUUGACGAUCCAGAAAUCACGAAAGUCACGAAAGACGAGUACUUCACGUACCUCACGCCAGAGGGAGAGCUCUACGACAAGUCCGUACUACCGGGAACCGAUGAGAACGACAUUCUCAACUCCAUGAACAUGAAGCGCGAGUCAAAAGUCUAUUCUUUUAAGGAGCAGCAGGAGGAGCUCCAACUACGUCGCGAGUUAUACGAGAAGCGUAAACGCGAAGGAAAAAUAAAAGAGCAAAAACUUACUCCGAAGCAGGAGGAAGCGAUCAAAGCGCAGGUAGCGCGUGAAAAUGCUAUCAGAAGAAGACUGAAAGAUCUCAACGACAAAAUCACGACGGCAGUGUCAAUGGUGACGGCUGGAGUUGAUGGUAAUUCCUUUGCGAUGUGUCUGCAUUUCCGGGAUCUUUUGCCGAGUAUUCUAAGGAAUUUGGUUAGCCCCCUCGCCGCACCAAUAGUCACUAAACUGUAUCUGGAUCUCAGUCAAACUCUUCAAGUCGAUGAUCAGGGCUUGAUAAAACUGGUCGGACACGUUACCUUAAGACAACUGAACCCCCAGUGUGAUCUGGAUCCGGCGUGGGAGGAGGAGGAUUUGGAGAAGGCCAUCAAAAGAACUCUGAACUGUCUCCACAGCACCACUGUCAAAGAGAAGAAGCUACUGAAUGCCCCCGCUUUUUGUUACGUCUUUUCUUUCAUCUCACGAACACUCACAACCUCGCAUGAUGAGGGAAUUCUCACACAGGGGCUGCAAAUCAUUCAGGAACAUGCUAAGCAACGAGCUGAUUUCGAUGAUGGAAGGGAUCCGAAGCAUCCGCGACUGCUUCCUAGACGACAGAUGCUGGAUCUUCUGAUCGAACUGAUGAGCAACACUUCUGGACGAGUUCAAUUUCACGCUUUCCUCGAUGUCGCUCACUCGGGGAGCGGCGAAGUAGGUGAAAAUGGGAAACAGACGGCUUUAGCUCAGGCCAACGAGAUCGAUUCACUUAUCAGUGCAUUGGAGAAUCCAGCGGCAUCUGUCCGUGAUGCGGCUUUACGAGCCCUCAUGAUCGUCAAGAAGAGUUUUCCCACGGAAAAGACUGAUUAUGAUCAGCUGCUGCGACUUACACGAUGGCUAUGGAUCUCCAAGUUCGAUGUCUGCGAUGAGAACAAAGUCCUUGCGAAUGAUAUUUGGGUGACCGUGGGUUUCUCAUCAUCAAAUGGUGAGAUUCUAUGUGAAGAACUGAUUCAAGACGUUGCGCAUCCAGUUGAGCCUAUCCAGCAAGCAGUGGCUCAUGCCCUAGCGAAUCUUCUGGAGUCAAAUCCUCAUCUCCUUCCGGCUAUUCUGGAUAGCCUAUUGAAGCUGUAUCAGGAGAAGCUAGCGAUGAUUCCACCGAAGUUGAAUGACUUCGGCCGAGUGGUUGAACAACCCGUGGACAUCUGGGGCCCUCGAAGAGGUGUGGCUUUAGCUCUGGCCCAGCUGGCGCCAUUGCUAACUCCAGAAACAAUUAAUCCACUCAUCCAGUUCUUCGUGUCAACGGGGUUGGGAGAUAGAAACUCGUCAGUCCGUCAGGAAAUGCUGACAGCAGCACUGGCAGCUGUGGAUCUUCACGGAAAAGCAAACAUAACCUCACUUCUGCCUGUCUUCGAGGACUUUAUGGAUAAGGCACCGAAAAUCGGAAGUUUUGACUCAAUAAAGCAAUCCGUUGUCAUUCUCAUGGGAUCUCUCGCUCGUCAUCUUGACAAAGAUGAUACCAGGAUCAAGCCUAUCGUGGUGCGUCUCAUUUCAGCCUUGGCCACUCCGUCCCAACAAGUCCAGGAAGCUGUAGCUAACUGUCUUCCACAUCUGGUGCCCUCCAUCAAAGAUGAGGCUCCCAAAAUUGUUGAUAAACUCAUGGAUCAGCUCUUGAAAUCCGAUAAAUACGGAGAACGGAAGGGUGCGGCUUACGGACUUGCGGGCAUCAUCAAGGGAAUGGGAAUUCUUGCUUUAAAACAACUGGACAUCAUGACAACACUGACCAACGCCAUUCAAGAUAAGAAGAACUACAGACACAGAGAGGGCGCUCUAUUUGCAUUUGAAAUGCUGUGCACCAUGUUGGGGAGGCUUUUUGAACCAUACAUCGUUCACGUUCUACCGCAUCUGCUACUCUGCUUCGGUGAUUCAUCCCAAUACGUUCGAGCCGCAACUGACGACACGGCAAGGGUAGUCAUGUCGAAGCUGUCGGCCCACGGAGUGAAGCUGGUGUUACCCUCUCUGCUGGCCGCCCUUGAGGAGGACUCCUGGAGAACAAAGACAGGAUCUGUUGAACUCCUUGGGGCUAUGGCAUACUGCGCACCAAAGCAACUGAGCAGCUGUCUCCCCAGCAUCGUUCCCAAGCUAAUUGAAGUUCUCUCCGACUCUCAUACAAAGGUCCAGGAGGCGGGGGCUGAGGCCCUUAAGGUCAUUGGCUCCGUUAUUAGAAAUCCAGAAAUCCAAGCGAUCGUUCCGGUUCUGCUGAAAGCACUUCAGGAUCCCUCUCGCAAGACUGCCACCUGCUUACAAACUCUUUUGGACACACAGUUUGUCCACUUCAUUGACGCACCAUCACUAGCCUUGAUCAUGCCGGUUGUCCAGCGUGCUUUUAUGGAUAGAUCCACGGAGACAAGAAAAAUGGCGGCGCAGAUCAUCGGUAACAUGUACUCGUUGACAGACCAGAAGGAUCUAACGCCGUAUUUACCGACGAUUAUCCCCGGAUUGAAAAUGAGUCUGUUGGAUCCUGUGCCAGAGGUCAGAAGCGUCUCCGCGAGAGCGUUAGGCGCCAUGGUUCGGGGAAUGGGUGAAUCAAGCUUUGAAGAUCUUCUCCCAUGGUUGAUGCAGACGCUGACAUCGGAGACCAGCUCGGUGGACAGAUCUGGCGCGGCCCAGGGGCUGUCUGAGGUCGUUAGGGGACUCGGUGUAGAGAAGCUGCAUAAGCUUAUGCCUGAGAUCAUCAGCACAGCUGAAAGAACGGAUAUCGCACCUCACGUCAAGGACGGCUACAUCAUGAUGUUCAUCUACAUGCCAAGUGCAUUCACAUCAGAGUUCACACCGUACAUCGGACAGAUAAUUAAUCCUAUCCUGAAGGCAUUGGCAGAUGAGAAUGAAUAUGUUCGGGAAACGGCACUGAGGGCAGGACAAAGAAUCGUCACGCUGUACGCGGAUUCUGCAAUUAUGUUGUUAUUGCCGGAGCUGGAGAAGGGUCUGUUCGACGACAAUUGGAGGAUUCGAUAUUCAUCAGUGCAGCUGUUGGGAGACCUGCUGUACAGGAUCUCUGGUGUAUCCGGAAAAAUGUCAACGGAGACAGCUAGUGAGGACGAUAAUUUCGGGACAGAGCAAUCACAUUUAGCGAUUAUCAAGGCUCUUGGUGCAGAGAGAAGAAAUCGAGUUCUUGCUGGGCUCUACAUGGGACGAUCUGAUGUCGCCCUGAUGGUGAGACAAGCUGCCCUACACGUGUGGAAGGUCGUCGUCACAAACACCCCGAGAACGCUUCGAGAGAUUCUUCCCACGCUGUUUAGUCUUCUGUUGGGUUGCCUCGCCUCGACCAGCUAUGACAAGCGACAGGUGGCAGCAAGGACCCUCGGAGACCUAGUGAGAAAACUUGGGGAGAGAGUGCUACCCGAGAUCAUUCCCAUCCUUGAGCGAGGACUCCAGAGUGAUCAAGCCGAUCAACGCCAGGGCGUCUGCAUCGGCCUCUCCGAAAUUAUGGCAAGCACAAGCAAGGAUAUGGUUCUUACGUUCGUCAACAGCUUGGUGCCGACCGUAAGAAAAGCCCUCUGUGAUCCACUACCUGAAGUCAGACAAGCUGCAGCCAAAACCUUCGACAGUCUUCAUUCCACCGUUGGUGUGCGUGCUCUAGAUGACAUCCUGCCCACUAUGCUGCAACAGUUGAACUCUAAAGACCCAGCGAUCGCGGAAAAUACAUUAGAUGGACUCAGACAAGUCAUGGCAAUUAAAUCGCGAGUUGUUCUGCCAUACCUUGUGCCACAGCUGACAUCACCACCGGUGAAUACAAAGGCUCUUUCUAUUCUCGCUAGUGUGGCUGGCGAGGCUCUCACUCGUUUCCUUCACAAAAUCCUUCCAGCCUUGCUCACAGCCCUCUCCACCUCUCAAGGGACUCCUUCCGAGCUCCAGGAGCUAGAAUAUUGCCAGACCGUGGUGCUCUCCAUCACCGAUGAGGCUGGUGUCCGUACGGUAAUGGAUCAACUGAUGGAAGCCACCAAAUCCGAGGAUGUAUCUCGUCGUCGAGGAGCUGCGACGCUUCUCUGCGCCUUCUGUCGAGACUCCCGCGCUGAUUACUCACAAUAUGUUCCGCAGCUGUUGAGGGGGCUCAUUCAUCUCUUCACGGACGAUGACAAGGAGGUCCUUCAGAAGAGCUGGGAGGCAUUGUCGGCGGUCACGAAGACUCUGGAGUCAGACCAACAGAUUGCCCAUUUAGGGGAUAUUAGACAGGCGGUUCGUUUCGCUGUUUCCGAUCUCAAGGGGCAGGAGCUACUACCAGGAUUCUGUCUGCCGAAGGGUAUCACACCAAUUCUCCCCAUCUUCAGGGAAGCCAUCUUGAACGGUCUGCCGGAAGCGAAGGAAGCGGCAGCCCAAGGACUUGGAGAAGUAAUAAAGCUCACGAGUGCAACUGCCCUUCAACCAUCUGUCGUUCACAUCACAGGACCCCUCAUCCGAAUUCUCGGGGACCGAUUCAACUGGUCCGUCAAGGCUGCUGUUCUCGAGACCCUUGCUAUAUUACUCGGCAAGGUUGGAGUUAUGUUGAAGCAGUUCCUUCCUCAGCUUCAGACAACCUUCCUGAAGGCACUCAAUGACAAUAAUCGACAGGUCAGACUGAAAGCUGCUUUUGCAUUGAGCAAUCUCAUUGUCAUACACACGAGGGUCGAUCCUCUGUUCGCUGAACUCCAUACCGGAAUCAAGAGCACUGAUGAUCCGGGAGUUCGGGAGACCAUGCUGCAGGCGUUAAGAGGAGUGUUGACACCGGCUGGGGAUAAAAUGACGGAGACCAUGAGAAAACAGGUGUUCCUCACGCUUAGUGGAAUGCUCGGUCAUUCAGAGGAUACCACCAGGAGUGCUGUGGCUGGAUGCUAUGGAGCUCUGAUCAGGUGGUUGAGCCCCGAUCAAUUGAAUUCAGCAUUUACUAGCAAUCUCUUGUCAGCCGACGUUAAUUGCGACUGGACAUUGCGACACGGAAGGACAGCGGCCCUUUUCGUUGCCCUCAAAGAAGCUCCCCAGGUAGUCUACACACCCAAGGAGCAGGAGAGGGUGUGCAAAUUGAUUUUAGGAUGUCUGGCUGCUGAUAAGGUUCAGAUCGUGAUGAAUGGCAUUCGCGCCUGCGGCUAUCUCUUUCAGCACCUCAUGAUCGAGGGUGAAACCAUUCCCCAGGGUGUUCUCGGGCCCUUCGUCAGGUGCAUGAAUAACAACAGCAAUGAGGUCAAACAGCUCAUGGCUAGGGUUUGCAUACAUCUCGCAAGAAAUGUUCCCAGUGAUAAAAUGUCGUUGGAACUCAUGAAGGCUAUUUUACCCAUGCUGGUGAAUGGAACGAAGGAAAAAAAUGGUUAUGUCAAGGCUAAUAGUGAAUUAGCCCUCAUCGCGGUACUCAGGCUCAAGCAAGGGGAAGAGGAUCAUCAGCGUUAUAUGGCCCUACUGGACGCAGGUGCGAGAGAAUCAUUGGCAGAUGUUGUGAGCAAAGUCCUCAGAAAAGUUUUAUCCCAACCCGAGGGAAAGAUCGAGGAAUUGGAUGAUACAUUACUCACCUGAGAGA